AUGCCUCCUCGUUACCAAUUACGCUCUCAGCGCUCUGCGCCAACUGCCAGUGUCGAAGACGCCCCUGAUACCCGUAGUGAGUCUUCAUUAACAACAGUACCAACUAAUCAUCAUACCUCGACGGUGGAGAAGUCUAUUGACUCUCAUGUUGAUGGAUCCGUCCUAAGACCCGGCCGCUCCUACAGCGACGUGGUACGGACGAGAGCAGACACGCCUCAGCCUGGUGCUGAGGUCAUGCCUGCUGGUGCUCUAAGCACCGAGGAUACACCUAGCAGCUAUAAAACUUCGUUAGCACCUAAUUCAGCUACAAAGGUCUUGGAUAACCCAUUCGUUAGCUCGAGUGAAUCGUCUGAGUCCGAGGUGGACGCACCUUGGAAAACGGUCGAACGCAGUCACCGAAGGUCUAAGAAGCCAGCAGCUACGGAGAAACAACCCCCUAAGGUUGAUUUAGUAAGGGAGGCAGAAAAAAUCCUUACCACAGAAGAGAGACGACGUAUCCUCGAAAGGAAACACGCCGAAUUAAAUGCUGACUCCCGCGACCAGACGACAUUGUCUCGGGAGGAAGGACCAUCCGGUCACAAGGGAAAGGGAGCUGACCCCAGGAAUUGGGGGAACACUGACCUUGAGGAAUCUGAGAUAGAUAUAGAAGCUCAGAGAGAGGCCCUGUCGACAUGGGCGAAAACUCACCAAUGGGCUAAGGUAGCCCGACAGGAAGACCUGGUCGAGGACUCUGAUAAGGAGAAUGAUCCUCGUGCCAGGGACCCUAUAGCGGAGGCCGUAAAAGCCACCGAAGAACGAAUGACAAGGCUGUUUGAGAAACAAAUUCAACAGUUAGAACAUAAGCUUGAAAAGAGGGAAGAUGUACUCACCAAGAAGGUGAAAAUCAAGCCUCCCAGAAAGGAGAAAACAAAAGGAACAGGGAAGGAGCUGCGAAGCACCAAUCCUGUUAAAGAGAUGAUGGAGAAGACGGGGAGUAAGCCGUCUAAGCAUGGGGAGAGAUCCACUCCCCCUGCAAUGGAUGCAGCAGCCCAGAUAGCUCCCAAGAGCUAUCUAGGGCGCGCGUUCAUGCGCAUUAAAUCUAAAAAAAAGAGCAUUAAAAAACGGAAAAAACGAGACACUGAGGACUCACCGAGUGGCAACAGUUCGACGAGCUCGUCGUCAUCGGGCUCCUCUGAAUCCGAAUCGCCAGAGAGCUCAAGCUCGUUGUCCAGUGAGGCAACCAAAAGUUCCUCGUCGAGCGAGUCCAGUGACUCGUCCAAGAGCUCCGACUCUACAGCUAAAAAACGCAAGAAACGUUCGAAGAAACGUAAGCAUUGCAAAGGGAAGAAGUCAUCUAGGAAAAGUACUUUGAAACCGAUUCCCCCCACCGAGUACGACGGUGCGGAGGACUCCAGGGCGUUCCAUCGGUUCAUCACCGAAGGGACCGCGUAUCUGGAGGAUGGGAACGUGGCCCGAGGACGUCGAGUCUUCACCCUGUCGCGAUUCCUCAAAGGCAAGGCACAUGAGUUCUACCUAAGACAAGUGUCAGAUAAUCCAGGUCAAUGGAAGUUAGAUGAAUUCUUUACCGAAUUGUUCAACUACUGUUUCCCAUUGGACUAUAGCACGAAGCAGCGAAAGAAGCUUUAUAGGUGCUACCAAGGGGACAAACACAUCCGGGAUUACCUGUCAGAACUCAAUGAACUUUGGAUGAUGAUAGGAAACGUACCCGAGCGAGAUAAGGUCAUAAAAUUCUGGUUCGGACUGAACCCGAGUAUACAGAACGAGCUGUACAAGAUGCAUCUGAACCCAGAGGUGUUUUCAUUGUCGAAGGUGCAGAAAACGGCGGAGAUCAUAGAGUUAGCCAAUACGGCGUCUGGGUCUCGAACCCGUGAGGAGGGACCUAAAAACAAUAAGAGGCCCGGAAGGGACAAAUCAGAAAAGAACUCUAAGGGGACGGAGGGUGCUACACACCAGAACAGCCAUUCGGGUCCUUCCAAGGAUCGGAACGGGAACCAGAGGCACAACAACCACCAACGUCCCUCAAAGGGAAAUGGGCGAACUGACCGUUUGGGACACAAAGGUCAUCGGGACGAACCACCUAGAGAAAAUAAGCUCAGCAAAGAGGAGCAUGACAAACUUAUGUCGGAGGGGCGAUGUUUUGUUUGCAAGGAGAUGGGGCACAUGUCUCGUCAGUGCCCCAAACGAAGUGCUGUUGCCUCCAAUAGGAGGAACCAACCUCCCGUCAUCCCUAGCUACUCAAUGGCGGUAGAGUUCGAUAAUGUUGAGCGCCUCCGCGACCUAGCCGAUAGUACAGAGACCAUACCUGAAGUCUCUGUUGGGAGCAUGAGCAUUAGCUAUGAGACAGCCUGUGAUCCAGACCAGGAGUGGAAAAUAACGGACGUACCGCUUGGGGACCCCAUUGCUGAGAGGGCGGAGCAACUAAUGGCUCUAUACGCGCCCUAUCCUGGGGAUGACCUGGAAAACGAGACUUCGUUCUCUGGUCAGCGCUUUGUCAUAUACAAAACGUCUGAUACUCACUAUGUUCUAAUGGACGGUGCUCGCAGACUGGAGGAGGACCUUUUGGUACCGAUAAGCCUACUUCAAAAUGAGAAGUUCUGUUUAAGUGAUUGGUACUGCACCCACCUAGCAAAACGGUUCGGAAUGAACAAGUCCAUGGCGCGGCUGAUGCAUGCCAGGAUACCAAUGGGCCAGCGUUCCGAACAACGAUUCACCUGCGUGAGAACCGCGUUCGGCGAGGACAAGACCCUGGAGAUCCAUGACCGGGACUUGCGGUUUAGAACAUGGGUGGAUGACAAAUGCCUAAACAACCCUAAGUUAAACGUUACCCGUUGGUACACCAAACAGUUAAUUAAGGCUUACCGUAAGUUGCAUGGCAUCAUGCUGGAGAAGGAACUGGACGGGGAACUUGACCCGUUGAGGUUGCUGGAAGAGAUGGGACCUCGGAGCCCGAUGACGUGCGCACUAGAAGAUGUAGCACAUCAUCUAUUCGCGAUGCCGGAUAUCCGGUUUGCUGAAACUAGGGAUAAGUACCACCUAGUAGAAUUGAACGGGCAGCAAGUCGCCCCGGGCGCUUACCCAGCGAUCCAACGUAACUCGGCAACGACUCGGGACUUCAAGCGAUUGAUACCCAAGCCCAUGGUCAUUGUGGUGCAUAUAAAUGGGCGUCCGGCUCGAGCUCUGGUGGAUACCGGGUCCCUAGCGGAUUUUAUGUCCUUGUCUCUAGCAGAUCAGCUGCGGGUAAAGAAAAUCGAACUGGAGAAACCACUUACCAUACAGCUGGCGGUCCAGGGAUCCAGGUCCAAGGUGAACUUCGGCACCAAGGUGCAGUUUGCCUAUCAGAAGAUCAAGGAGGAGAGAUUCUUCGACAUCAUCAACCUUCAGAACUAUGACCUGGUGCUGGGAACACCGUUCUUAUUCCAGCACCAGGUGAUGGUGGGCUUAAACCCACCACGCGUUGUGGUUGGCAGUGGGGCUGCUUUACCUAUCAAGGGUGAGCAGGUGUCAGUGUUAGAAUCUCGGAUGGCCGAGGCCUACGAAGAAAAUUUGGAACGUGCCCGGGAAGAGCUACGUCGACUGGCCCGACCCUUGUGCGCAAAGGCCAGCGAAAUGGGGCUACCUCCUUUGAGGGCGAUCAACUACAUCAGUAAAUUCACACUUUUCUUGGCCGCCCUUAUUUGCAAAAUUAAAACUUAA